CCAAAACGGAAUCGGUAAUAAUUGACGACGAGCAGACAACGAGCCGAGAACAAGCAGCACAAAGCGACAAACCGAAAAUAGACGAUACCCACGCAGCCACCAGUCAUCAGAGCAAAAGCAACAACAACAGGCACUAAAAUCAAUUGUGAUCACAGUGCGUUUGUGUGAGUGCGUAUGCGUAUCUGUGCCUUUUUGCAUUUGCCGCUGUAUCUGCAUCUGUGCCUGUGUCUAGAGAGGCCCGCAAUCCAUAACCAUCUAGUAUUACCCCAUAUGCGGACUAUUUGGGCGUGGAGGGACGCUUCGAAAUAUUAAUUAUUUCUGACACUGUUUACGGCUUGACUUGGCGCAUGCCAAGCAUGAUUAAACGAGACACGAAAGAGCGUAUCUACGAAGUAGAUAUAUAUCUUUAUACGAACAACUAAGCUGCGGCACCAAGCAACAAUCGAAUCGACGAAUAGCAACAACGCACAAACAAACCCAUCUAUAUACUCUAUAGACAGAGAUAAACAAAAGCUUAAGCAGCAGCAGCAGCAGCAGCAACAACGAAACAAUUUGGAGGAAAUAUUUUUGCACUAAAAGACCCAGCAAUCUGAAUCUGCAAAAGGGGAAGAUAUCCCUCAACAUCGUAUUAAGAAGAGAACUCAACUCGACAAAGGAGGAAAGGAAACCAACUAUUGUGAUAUGUACAAAUUUACUCAAAUACUGAAGCCACACAUUUAGACGUUUAUUCGACGGAAUCCCAGUUGUGAAUCGAUUAACCGGAGAAUAAUCUACCAAAGAUUAGGCUUUCAUCUUCAAUUAAGUUUACUUCAAAUAGAGCAGAAGGAAAAUCGCAGGAUGGCCGAAAAGGUGGAACUGGCCCAGGCCAGCGUGAAUGGCCAACAGAAUGAUCCGCGGAAGGUGCGCAAGUCUCCGGAAUUUCAGCCCGGCGUUAUCUCCCGCGAACGCAGCUUUGUGCGCACCACGAAUCAACAGAAUAUCAACAAACGGCGAAGUCUGGCUUUCAACGUACCUGGCAAUCAGACGGGACAGAUGAGGGGCAAACCAGCCAUGGAUAUCUACAGGCCUCCCAAUGUGCGCGGAGAGCUGGCCGCUCCAGCCGGUGGUGUCGGUGGUGAUGGUCCGAAUGGUGCUAUCGGUGGUGUCGCCAACAAGCUGAACGUCAAUGCCCAGGAGUUCACAAUGACAACCAGCUCCGGGGCACCGGCCGAGGCACUCGGCAAUCGUUCGUCGUUAAUCUAUCCGCUCAGCAAUGGAACCGGAGUUGCACCGGUUUUGGGUCCGUACGGAAACGUGAAUCGCCGCCAGGCCGGACACUCCCUCGGCAACAUGCAGGGCUUGAAGGCCAACCACCGCUCGAUCCUGGUGACGUAUCCAAUCAAUACCAGUGCCCUCAGCGGUCAGCUGCAGCUCAUGAACUCGCCAUCCAGUGGAAAUAUACUUCACACAACAAAUCGUGUAAAGUUUGCACCUGAGCCCCGAGGUCACAAAGUGGCUUCUCAAAAUCAGUUUGGUCAGCUAAACAACAACUAUGCUCAGCCUUAUCAGGCGAAUAUUAAUGGAGUAGAUCCUUACAUGAAUGGAAAUGCACUGCAACGCUCCAAGUCGUUGUCGUCGGCGGAUGCCCUUACUCGUGGAAUGGCCGGAUUGGGACUAGGCUUGGGCAACGAGGUGGCCGACAUAGGACAGUUCACGCCAGAGAUCCAGGCGCUUAUUGACACGGCCCUGGAGGAUCCCAAUAAACUGAACUCUCGCUCUCUCAUGGAACUGACAUCGCAGUUCAUCAAACGCGCGGUGGAGAGUCGCCGCUUUGCCCUGCCCAUAUCACGGCUGUGUCUGAAUAUCAUCGCCCGGGAGCAGAAGGAAACGUUCCUCGAGGCGCUCCUCAACACAUGCCGUCAGUGGUACCAGGAGCGUGAGAAGCUGUUGUUUGCCAUCCAGGGCAUGAAGUCGCCAUCACGUGUCCGAUUCACCGCCUUUAUGGCCUUCCUCACGGAGAUGUUUUGUCAGCUGAAACGUCGGCAGCUCCAGCUACGCACCCACCACGAGGGCACUCCUCCGCCACUGGUACUGCUUAGUCUGCUGUCCAAAUGUUGCGGGGAUUGCGUGCGUCCACCCAUUAGAUCACUCUCAGAGAUUGAGUGCCUGUUCUAUGUACUGACCUGUAUUGGCCAGGACAUGGAGCAGCAGCUGCCCCAGCAACUGGAGUUACUCAUGAGUCUGGUUCGCGAUGCAUUCUUGAAUGCCGGCGAAUCUGCGGCCUCCAUUCGGCGCACUCUUCUCCAACUCAUCGAGCUGAAGGCCUCCCACUGGCAGCUACCAGGCAACACGGUUCUCUACUACACGCACACUAACAAUUAGUUGAUGAUUAUGAGAAAAUAUUUGGAACGAGAUCUGGAGCUGGUGACAUGGCGGGGAUAAGGGCACUGUGCAAGCAUCAGGACACCAUGAGCAAUAGAUUCUGUUGUCGCAUUGCAUUUAGGGCCUGGAAAACUUCUGUUCUAUUUAUCUUAUUGUAUUCUUACCUAGGCAUAAGCAAUAUUUAUUUCGGCACCAGCUAUAGAGAGAAACUAACCCGAGACUUGCACACUACACACCAAGCACAGUACCAAAUAAGAUCGAACUCUUGGAUUCGAUAUCUUCGGACUCUGCUAUAAUCUAAGGCUCAACAUUUAUGUGAAUCCAUAUAUUUAUGUGUAAUAAAUCACAGCUAGUCAAACGAG